AAAAAAAGAUUUUUAAAAAAAAAAAGAAAAAAAAAAGGAGGAGGUAAAGAAGAGGCAUACACUCAACUUUUGAAAUCCAACUUAAAAACUGGCAAGUCACCAUCUUUCUUCGUCUCCUCUUCUCCACGAGAGGAUAACCAAAGCUUACCCCUCUCUCUCUCCUCCCCAUUUCUGCCCAUUUAUUAUUUUUAUCCCCUUUUUUUUUAAGCUCUCUUUACAUAUAAUACCCUCUUUCUUCUCUUUCUCAAUCCUCUGUUUUUUCUUCCAUUAGAUUUUCCUCCUCUUUCAGAAUUUUGUAAGAACACCAAUAAAUUCAAAAAAAAGGGGGGGUUGAGGAGAGAAGAAGAAGAAGAAGGGAGGAGGACCUAAUCUCUCUCUUGUUCUUGUUUUAAACCUCCUCUUAGAUCCAUUAAUUUAUAUUUAUUGGGUUUUUACCCCCUACAAAUUUAACAAUCUGAUUCGAAGAUGGAGCCAGGGAAGCUUUUCAUUGGUGGGAUUUCUUGGGAUACAAAUGAAGAUCGUCUGAGGGAGUAUUUUCAAACAUUUGGUGAGGUGGUUGAGGCUGUGAUCAUGAAGGAUCGAGCAACGGGCCGUGCUCGUGGGUUCGGCUUUGUUAUCUAUGCUGACCCGGUUGUUGCUGAGCGAGUUGUGAGGCAGAAGCAUAUGAUAGAUGGUAGAACUGUUGAGGCAAAGAAGGCUGUUCCUAGAGAUGAUCAGCAUGUUCUGACCAGAAACCACAACAGCCCUAGUGCAUCGCCAGUGCCUACUCGCACAAAGAAGAUAUUUGUGGGGGGCUUACCAUCUACUGUGACUGAAGGGGACUUCAAAAGGUACUUUGAUCAGUUUGGGAUCAUCACUGAUGUUGUGGUUAUGUAUGAUCACAACACCCAAAGGCCAAGAGGCUUUGGAUUCAUAACCUUUGACUCAGAAGAUGCAGUUGAGAGAGCACUGAUGAAAACCUUUCAUGAACUCAAUGGUAAAAUGGUUGAGGUCAAACGAGCUGUUCCCAAAGAGCUAUCACCAGGGCCAACUAGGAGUCCUUUAGGUGGUGGUAGUGGUGGACUUACUAGAGUUAAUAGCUUCCUCAAUGGCUAUACGCAGGGCUACAAUCCAAGCCCGAUUGGAGGACAUGGAUUGAAAAUUGAUGAACGCCAAAGUCCCAUGCCUUUUGCUCGAGGUGGAUUCCCUUCAUUUAGCCCUUCUAGUUAUGGUAGUGCAUUGAACUAUGAGCCAAGAAUGAGUCCAGGCUUUGGGGAAACUGCAAAUCUCUUUCCAAAGUUGAACUUUGAGCAAGGUUUAAGUGCAUUACAUAAUGGCAACAUCAAUAGACACGACAGCUUUGCCGAGUUUGAUGGGGUGAACAGGGGUAGUGCUUCCACCAUUGGCUCAUCUUCCUGGAGCUUGUGGGGAAAUGGAAAUGGAAAUGGGAGCAUCAUUGACACUUCUAUCACUGGAAACAAUGCUUCUAUGAACUUUAGGGAUAUUGAGGCAGAUGCUCUUAAGAAUAGUGAGUUCAUUUGGAAUACUUCUGCCAUUCCUGUUCAAGGUGGAGGGCGUGCUUCUGUCUCAAAUGGUCUCAGCCUUAGCUAUGGUCGGGAAGAUAACAAUCUUGGAUCAGCAAUGGGAUUGUAUGGCAGAGACAUCAGAACCAGGACACAGCCUGUAUCAUCUUUUCCUUCAUUAGAUGGUGGAUUUGAUGCUAAGUUUGAUGAUUUCCUUGGUGGUGGGAAUGAGCAAUCCUUGCUUUUACCGUCUUUGGGACUAAAGGGAUCUGGUUCAUUUGAAUUUGGACUUGGAAAUUCAGUUUCAGAUGUUCCACUCAAUAAUCCUGCUGGUUUGUGUUGGUAGUUAUAGCAUUUGUCAAUAGCAAAAUAGAGUUUCAGGGAUUGCUGCCUAGGAGAAAAUUAUUCAAUUGGAUGUCGAAGUUUCUGUAGGUGAACAAAGAUCUGCAAGAACCGUUUUCUGUAAUUCAGUAAGUAGAAAUUUGGGGGUCGUAGCAUUGGUCAGAGUUGCUGCUUGGAUUUACAAUACUCUAGUAACAAAGAUCGGCACACACUACUUGGUCAUUUUAUCUAGGUUUUUUUUCCUGUUUUUUUUUUUGUUUUUUUUUGUUUUUUUUUUUGUCUUCGUUCAUUGGAAUUUGUAAAUUUGAAUCGCGGGUUACACAUAGUAUCACAUCCAUCACUUUGCAACAUGCGGCGGGUACAUAAAGAACUAAGAAGUGGGUGUUUCUGAUCUUCUCUCAUAUAGUUUUUCCAGCCAAGAUGUUUAUAUUCUUAUGAGGUAUUCAAUUGCUGUAGUGAAUAUCUAGUUGAGUUUGUAAUGUUUAAACUCUUCAGAAUGCUUGUGAGCUGCUUAUACCGUUCAAAAGAAUUUUUGUGACUUCAUUUAGAUAGUCUAA